AUGCGCCCUGGAACGGCUGCUCCUAAACGCGGAGGGAACAGCUCCGUGCUGGAGGUGCAACACGCCGUGUCCGAAUGGGAGAACAAGGACCGAGGGAAACCCGGGACAUGGGCGGCCGAGUCCGUGGAACCCGCUGCGGGACGAGGCACCUCGCCGGCUGCUGAGGACACCGGCAGCUUCAGUAACUGGCGCCUUUCGGAAGAAAACAUCCGGCUUCAGCGAGCUUUGCUGCUCCGCAAGCGAGCGACAGCGCGCGUCACUCGGGGUAGUAACCGCGAGCGCCUGCCCGGAGCAGGGACGUUGCCAAACCGGAGCGCGCGGAGGCGCCUGGGCCUCUUCCUGCUCCGCGGGGACACACGAGCUCUGGGCACCUCCGCUCAGAGCGCAGCCGGCGUCGAUAAGGAGCGGCACGCGGGGCCUUUGCGCAAGCGGCUCUUGGGCAACGCCGCGAUGCCCGGCGCGCUGCGGGACGGCUGCGCCGCCGCCUGCCUCCUGCUGCUGCUGCUGCUGCUGCUGCUGCUGCGGCGCCGCCGGCGCCGAGCGCGGGGGCUGGAGGAGGAGUGCGGCAAGAGCGAGGGCAAGUGCUGCCUGCGCUCGCUCAAGGUCUCCUUCCAGGACAUCGGCUGGGCCGACUGGGUGGUGGCCCCCAAGAGCUACUACAUGCGCUUCUGCCAGGGCUCCUGCCCGCACAACUACAGGGCUGCGAGCAUGCACGCGCAGGUGCAGGCGCGCGUGCACGCGCUGGCCCGCGGCGCCCCGGCGCCCUGCUGCGUGCCCGCCGCCUACGAGCCCAUGGUGCUCAUGCACUACGACGCCCAGGGCCGCCUCGUCUCCACCGUCUUCGAGGACAUGCUGGUCACCAAGUGCCACUGCGCCUGA